AUGGCAAGCACCACGAGUACGCCGGGGAGUGCCCCGAAGGCCAUGUCCUCGCGCCUGCUCACAAUGAAGUUUAUGCAAAGGGCAGCUGCAUCGCCGACGUCUCCUUCGCCCGUGGUUCCGGACGAGCGCCCACAGAAACGAAGGAAAAAGGAUGCAGACCCAUCGGCUGUGGCCUUCGAUGUCAACGCUCUCGCAAAUAAUCUGGCCGUCCAAAAGGCGCUCGGGGAGGAAGAGGCAAUACGGCAAGCUGCGCUUGAUAGACAGGCGGCAGAGGCUGGCGACACGAGAUGGGUAUUGAAUUUCGAGGACGAGAAACGCCCUCUAAAGACGUAUACAACGACACUACAGGUUGUUCCAACCGGUUUCGCGAACCUUGACAGCUUGUCGGCCCCACAGAUACAGUCUUUGAGUGAGGAAGACGUACAUGAUAGACCAUUGCUUGUAGGCCGCCGAAGUUUUGGGAAAUUCAAUCGGAUACUUGAACGACAGCAAAAUCCCUCCUUAGAUGACUCCUCGGAUUCCACAUCCGAAAAUGAGGACGAGGAUGCAAAAGAUUUUUCAGCAAACUCCGACGAUUCAUCGAGCGAUUCCAACAAUCCUACUGAUGCCUUGCUGAGGGCCUCUCAAGCUGAAGCGGCGCAACGACUAAAGUCAGAACGUAAAGCUAAGAAGAAGGCGGAAAAGAAGAAAGGUGAAAAGCUAGCUAAGCAGCGCAAGAAGAAAGAGGUUAAUAUCAAUGGGUUGUCAUCACUUUCCGGCGAAAAGGCGUUUUCUCCUACCAAAGGACCCUGCUAUAAUUGUGAUGGGCCUCAUCUAAGAGCAGAUUGCCCAGAAACCAAGAGAGUAUAUCAAGGAGGAAUAGACGAUAGUCGACCGAGAAAAUCUCUCCGUAAGCGCUAA